AUGUCUGAAAGUGAUGAACCAAGCCUCACGCAUGAUAUCGAUUGGCCUAUGCUCGAUAAAAAACGCUAUGUUCCAUUGAAUCUUCUCUCGACAUUCAUCGUACGUUCGUUUCUUUAUCCAUUCACACUCGUCCGCACACGUCUACAAGUUCAAGUUCAAUCUUCAAUAUACCGAGGCACAUGGCAUGCGCUGCAAACAACCGUGCGGUACGAAGGUUUCCGGUCAUUGUACAAAGGCUUUCUUGUUUAUAACUGCCAGUUAAUACCUGGUCUGAUCUACAUCACAACAUUCGAAGCGACGCGUGCUCGUGCAAAUAUGUUAACAACGAAUGAAUACCUUCGUGCUGGUGUUGGCGGUACAGUAGCCUCUCUGUGCUCUCAAGUACUUGCUUGUCCGAUUGAUAUUAUUUCUCAACACAUGCAACUAGUUGGAUUGACGUCACCGGCAAAAAUAACUCGAACGGUAGAUGGAAUUCCAUCCAUGUCUGAUACAAAACUAUCCCAAGCAUCGAGCAGUCGUCGGCAACAACGACAAAUCGAACGCAUACAUGUACCAAAAGAAAUCCGUGCAAAUAAUUAUUUGAUCUUUAAACACAUCUGUCGAACGUUGUUAUAUGAACAAAAUCCAGAGGCAAACGCAAAGCCACGACUUAGUCUGAAAGGUUUCUAUCGUGGUUAUGUGAUAUCGACAUUUUUGUUCAGUUUAACAAGUGCCAUUUGGUGGCCAUCGUAUUAUUUCUAUCAACGACAGAUGCUUCAAAUAGAAAAAAUCUUUCCGUCUCUAUUUCCUCUACCCGUACUGGCAAUUCAAUGCAUUGCUGGACCAUUAUCAUCGCUUACAUCGACGAUAUUGACGAAUCCUUUAGAUGUAUGUCGAACUCGUAUUCAAGUCGAACAAGAACGUCGACGAGUAGCUCAAAUCAUGUACGAACUAUGGCAAGAAGAACGUUUUGGUGUAUUUACCAAAGGUCUAACAGCACGUCUAUCACAUUCCUGUGUCUAUUCCUUAUUUAUUAUCUUUGGUUAUGAAACAGUUAAGCGUAUAUCAUUGAAAGAAGAAUAUCGAGGACUUGUGCGAUGGUAG